GUGUGCUCUCUGUUUGGCAACAGCACGCUGCUCUACGUCUCCUACAAGAAGAAGCACCUGCUCAAACCAGCUGAGUUUUUCAUUAUCAACCUGGCCAUCAGCGACAUGGGUCUGACCCUGUCCCUCUACCCCAUGGCCAUCACCUCCAGCAUCUACCACAAGUACUGUACACCCAUGUUUACACCACAGAGCCAAGCCUAGCAAAUAUCUACCACAGGAACUGUACAAACCUUCAAAUAAUAGUGAAAUAAGGUAGUACCCAGGUCUGGCACUGUUUCCUAUUUACAGUGCCAAGCCAAGCUGCACUGUGCUGAGUCUGACCUGGUUACUCAUCCACUGGAUGCUCCUGGAAAGGAUAAUGUGAAAAAUGACAUUUUCAGGCCAGCACAGUGCAGUUCGGUUCAGCAGAAUAGUAUGAAAGACCCCAUACAGACUUGCCAAGCCACAGUAACAGCCCAUUGGAAAGGAAAGGAAAUGCUUCACAUCACAUGUGAUUGGCUCCUGUACUUCACAGACACACUAUUAAAAAAUCCUGUUUUUUAAGGUAACUUACUGGCAGCCAGUUGCCUAUAAAUGACUGUAAAUAAAGGUACAGUAAGUUAACGUAAAAACAACAAGAUUUUGUAUUUUUUACAGUGAAGAGAAGGAGGAAACGGUAGUGUUUUGACUGAAGGUUUUGAUGUCUAACGCUGGCCGUAUGCCACCACACUGUGUAAAGGCAGAUUAGUAAAGGUGUUGGGUUUGGAUUAAAAACGAUCCUCUCCAAUUGUCAUGGUUCAAUUAGCUUUCUGGUUUGGUCGUGUGGUGACAGGUCCUGCUUUAUACUGUACAUUGAAUGGUCAGUGUGUUCUCUCACUCUCUCUUUCUUGCUCUCUUUUUCUCACUCUCUCCCUCUACUCCCUAUCUGACCCCUCCCUCUCUCUCUCUCUCUCCCUAUCUGAACCCCCUACCCCCUCUCAGGUGGCUGUUUGGGAAACCGGUGUGUUUGAUCUACGCGUUCUGCAGCGUGUUGUUUGGGAUCUGCAGUCUGACCACUCUCACCAUGUUGAGCAUGGUGUGUUUUGUGAAAGUAUGUUAUCCUCUCUAUGGUAAGUCAUCAAAGAGCCUGGCCCUAGUCUUGCCCAUGGAAUUGACAGAGGAUUAGUGAAAGUCGACACUAAGUGGUUGACUGUUGAUUUAUUGAUGGGGCGAAAUCGAAAGUUCAAAGGAACUAGAUAAUCAAAAGAACUAGAUAAUUCCUCAGCGACCGAACAAACAUCAGCCACUGCUUUGAUGGCUGACAAGUCCACUUGCGACUGACUAGCCAACAUUCAAUUAGUAUGGCUUGUGAUGUUGGUAAAAAUUGUGCCAUCCAGCUUUAGAUUCAGCGUUGUCCUCUGAGAAUUAAUAUUUUUUGGGAAAUGGUACUGAAAAAUGGAAUCUGCAUACGAUACUUGGAUAUUUUAGCCGGAGGCACGCUCAACCAACUUAAACAAAUUAGCUAUUCAUUUAUUCUUUCAUUGCUGUUCUUUUAAAAUGUGGCCUAGUACAUAAUGGGCCAGUUAUCCAUGUAUUUAGUAUGUGCACCAUAACAUACCCAGGGCUAGAAAUUGAGAAAAUCACUCUGGGAGCAUUCAAAACAGUUCUGAAAAAUGUGUACCUGUCAAAAUAUUCCCCUAUGACAUUUUCACUUUGAGAAAUCCCCCCCUGUACUUAUCAGAAUCUCUAAUGAUGACCAUGCUAUCCUAUUAAAACGGACUGUCCGUCUCCCCAUCCAUCUCUCCAUCCAUCCAUCUCCCCAUCCAUCCAUCCUUCCCACCACCCAUCCUUGUCCCCAUCCAUCCAUCUCUCCAUCCUCCAUCUCCAUCCUUCCUUCCUUCCCCAUCUUUCUCUCAUCCAUCCAUCCUUCCUUCCAUCCUUCCAUCCAUCCAUCCAUUCAUCCAUCCAUCCAUCCAUCCAUCCAUCCAUCCAUUCAUCUCCCCCAUCCAUCCUUCCCAUCCAUCUCCCCAUCCAUCCCCCUUCCACCCCCCCAUCUCUCUAUCUAUCCAUCCAUCAAUCAAUCCAUCCAUCCAUCCAUUCAGGUAACCAGUUCAACCCGGGGCAUGGCCGUCUUCUGAUAGCCUGUGCGUGGGUCUGGGCCCUUGUGUUCGCCUUCUCCCCUCUGGCCCACUGGGGUGAGUACGGUCCAGAGCCAUAUGGCACAGCCUGCUGCAUCAACUGGCGCCUGUCCAACCUGCAGCACGUGGCCCGCUCCUACACGAUGGCGCUCUUUAUCUUGUGUUACAUCGUGCCUUUGUGCAUCAUCGUGGUGUCCUACGCGGGCAUCCUGAUGACGGUUCGAGCCUCCCGUAAGGCCAUGGAACAUCACGAGGCCCGGCCGGCCAAGAUGAGCAACAUCCAGGCUGUUAUUGUGAAGGUGAGCACUGAGUCUCACAGGGGUACUGUAAAGCAUGUUGUGACAACUGUUGAUUUUAAAAAGGGAUAAAUAUAUUUGAUUGGUUGAUUAUUGAAUUUCGGAAGAAAAAUUCAAUUGCGUAUUGUAUAGUCACUACUAAGGCCACUUCACAUAAUAGGAGGUUUGUAUAGGUUAAUGUCAUGAACAGGAUGCUCAGAGCUUGCCUGGUUACCCAAACUCCUUGCUCCGGCCAAACGCUACGCCACGCCCACGGACAUUAGUUUCUUCUCUGGAUUUGAGUACUUCCCCGACGAGUUCUAGAACGCAACCACAUUAUAACCGUUCUGAUUGGUCCCAGAAACCGAUGGGUUGGGCCAGAGCCAGAACACACAUAGGUAAAGCGGCAUUUUGAGAAUUCUUUGAUACUGAUUGGUUAGAGAUGAUCCAAUCGCUGAUGACUUUGUUUUGUACAACACCACAAACGACUUCAACGAUGGCAGUCUCAGACUGAAGUAUACAGCGAACAUAGAGCAGCGGAAAAAUUCAGUUUGAGUCGUCAGGCAAGCUCAGUGCAGGAAAUGGUUUAGGAUUAUUAAAUACUUCGCUUUAUGUAGUCCUCCCCUUUUGCUCUCUUUCCUGUCUCUCUCUUUCCCCCUUUCUCAUUCCCUCUCUCUUUCACGCUCUCUCCUUUAUUGCUGUGUCCCUGUAUAAUCACUCCCAUAGGAGCUUUAUUAAAGCACUCAUCCUCUCCCAGUCCUGUACAGUACAGUAUGUGCCGUGAAUGCAACACACACACACCUCUUCCUGCUACCAGCCCAGCUCCAGGGGGGAUGGCUCCCCUCCCCACUCACACCUGGGAUUGAUGCAAAUCUUAUUAUCAGGAAACCCACUCUGGUUGGGGACUCUUCUCUGAGGCGUGAUUCCAACGCCAUCCGCCAUAUUAAAAAAAGAGGGUCAAGGGGUCAGAAUUAAACAAAUUUAGAGGAGCGAAGCGACGGGUGAAAUAUUUUUUUAUAUCAAAAGCUUCGCCUCAGAGACAGAUGACUCUCUGUAAAGCUCAGCUCCAUCUCUCUCUCCAUUUCUCUCGCUCUCUCUCUCCCUGAGGUUGGAAGUGACCUCAAUAAAUCCACUAGUGAUGGGAGCUUUUCGUUAGAGGGAUUUGGCUACAGUUAUACAGGAAUACAUUAUGAUGGAUGUGGAGUCGGGUGCCUGCUGCACCCGCAGCUUAGUGGUCAUCAUCAGCCACAGUCUUCCUUGCUAUAAAUUUGGCCCGUGAUCCAUAUGAGAACGCUUCACCUAUACCUUUUUACUCUCUUCAUCCAAUCAAUGGCAGUCAGAUAGGGUGUGAUGUCCCUCGCUCUAACCUUGAUGUUAAAAGAAUCUCAAUGGCCUGUUUAAAUCGUUCAAUCCUCGGGAGUCAGUCAGUUGUGUAUGGAGUACCGAGUGCACUAAAAAGCCAUCUGCCAAUAGAUCUUCUUAAACUGUUAACCAAGUGUGCAAGUUCUCCCCACUUAAAAAGAUGAGAGAGGCCUGUAUUUUCAUCAUAGGUUACCACUGUCAACUAUGACAUACCCAAAUGAAGGAAAAAAACCAGAAAUUCCCAUUGUAGAUUUUUAAUGAAUUUAUUUGCAAAUUAUGGUGGAAAAAUAAGUAUUGGUCAAUCAACAAAAGUUUCUCCAAUACUUUGUUAUAUACCCUUUGUUGGCAAUGACACAGGUCAAACGUUUUCUGUAAGUCUCACAAGUUUUCAUACACUGUUGCUGGUAUUUUGCCAUUCCUCCAUGCAGAUCUCCUCUAGAGGCAGUGAUGUUUUGGGGCUGUCGCUGGGGCAACACGGACUUUCAACUCCCUCCAAGAUUUUCUAUGGGGUUGGAUCUGAGACUGGCUAGCCACUCCAGGACCUUGAAAUGCUUCUUACGAAGCCACUCCUUCGUGCCGGGCCGGUGUGUUUGGGAUCAUUGUCAUGCUGAAAGACCCAGCCACGUUUCAUCUUCAAUUGCCCUGCUGAUGGAAGGAGGUUUUCACUCAAAAUCUCACGAUACAUGGCCCCAUUCAUUCUUUCCUUUACACGGAUCAGUCGUCCUGGUCCCUUUCCAGAAAAACAGCCCCAAAGCAUGAUGUUUCCACCCCCAUGCUUCACAGUAGGUAUGGUGUUCUUUGGAUGCAACUCAGCAUUCUUUGUCCUCCAAACACGACGAGUUGAGUUUUUACCAAAAAGUUAUAUUUUGGUUUCAUCUGACCAUAUGACAUUCUCCCAAUCCUCUUCUGGAUCAUCCAAAUGCACUCUAGCAAACUUCAGACGGGCCUGGACAUGUACUGGCUUAAGCAGGGGGACACGUCUGGCACUGCAGGAUUUGAGUCACUGGCGGCGUAGUGUGUUACUGAUGGUAGGCUUUGUUACUUUGGUCCCAGCUCUCUGCAGGUCAUUCACUAGGUCCCCCCGUGUGGUUCUGGGAUUUUUGCUCACCGUUCUUGUGAUCAUUUUGACCCCACGGGGUGAGAUCUUGCGUGGAGCCCCAGAUCGAGGGAGAUUAUCAGUGGUCUUGUAUGUCUUCCAUUUCAUAAUAAUUGCUCCCACAGUUGAUUUCUUCAAACCAAGCUGCUUACCUAUUGCAGAUUCAGUCUUCCCAGCCUGGUGCAGGUCUACAAUUUUGUUUCUGGUGUCCUUUGACAGCUCUUUGGUCUUGGCCAUAGUGGAGUUUCGAGUGUGACUGUUUGAGGUUGUAGACAGGUGUCUUUUAUACUGAUAACAAGUUCAAACAGGUGCCAUUAAUACAGGUAACGAGUGGAGGACAGAGGAGCCUCUUAAAGAAGAAGUUACAGGUCUGUGAGAGCCAGAAAUCUUGCUUGUUUGUAGGUGACCAAAUACUUAUUUUCCACCAUAAUUUGCAAAUAAGUUCAUUAAAAAUCCUACAAUGUGAUUUUCUGGAAUUUUUUUUCUCAAUUUGUCUGUCAUAGUUGACGUGUACCUAUGAUGAAAAUUACAGGCCUCUCAUCUUUUUAAGUGGGAGAACUUGCACAAUUGGUGGCUGACUAAAUACUUUUUUUCCCCACUGUAUAACAUUUGCUCUCUCGCUCUCUCUCUUUCCUUCCCCCUUUUUCUGUCCUAUUGUUUCUUUUUCUCCUCCAGCUGAGUGUUGCUGUCUGUGUCGGUUUCUUCACAGCGUGGAGCCCUUAUGCCGUGGUGUCGAUGUGGGCAGCAUUUGGACACAUGGAGAACAUCCCACCGUUGGCAUUCGCCAUACCAGCAAUGUUUGCCAAGUCCUCCACCAUCUACAACCCCAUCAUCUACCUGCUGCUCAGGCCCAACUUCCGCAGGGUGAUGUACCGGGAUCUGGUGAGCUUUCGCAGGGCCUGUCUGAAGGGCUGCCUGUGCUCCUGCUCCCAAGGCGCUGUGGGGAAGUGCCGCUCCGGCUCUGUGGUCCAGGUCAGCCUCCGGUCACUCCGCAGACCACCAGGACACGACCAGUCCUGUUCCACCACCUCAUCCGCCAACCAAGCCCUCGCCGGGAACAGAGGUUGCAGCAGCGCCUGCGAGAAGUGCAGCGACGCCUUCGAGUGCUUCAGACACUGCCCCAGAGAUUGCCAUGGUGGCACCAACCCCCCCAGCUCCUCAGUCAACACUAAUGCACCUCAGGAUCAGCUCUCAACAGAUCCCCAGCUGCAGCCACUGACGCAGAAACCGACACGGAAGCAGAGGCAGAAGCAUAAAAAACCGGAGGCCUGUCACAAGAAGUCCCUGCGAGCCACCAUGCGCGGCAAAAGGACCUCGGAGAUCGUCAACCUUCAGAUGAACUUGGAGAUGGUGCCGGGACACGCUAAAGUUGCCUGGCCC